AUGAGCACAAAUUCAUAUCUGUUACCUUACGAUCCAGAGAUCGAGAAAACCUGCAAGAGGUUAAGACGUGAACAGAGACUGAAAAAACAGCAAGCAAAAAUCCAAAAAGAGAAAGAACGUGAGCACUUCAACAAAAUGGCAGAAAAUGUAGUGCCGAACCCAAUUCACGUGGCUGACCAAAGAGACCGUGCAAUGCGAGAUUAUGCAGCCAYAAUAUUAGAGGACCUGAACUCUAGCGUUAURAAUYCRYUUCCAGCAGAUGCCMAAUUUGAAUUUAAGCCAAUGAUGCUUCAAAUGUUAAACAMUAUUGGCCAGUUUGRGGGGCUUGAACAUGAAGAUCCACGCUCUCACCUUAAAUCUUUUAUUAAAGUUGCUAACACUUUUAGAUUACCUGGAAUMUCUGAUGAUGCAYUAAGACUCACAUUAUUCCCUUUUUCUCUUUCAGGCCAAGCAACAGCAUGGCUGAACGCCUUCCCGUCMRACACCAUUAYCACAUGRAGCGAUAUGGUGGAUAAAUUUCUUGUUAAGUACUUCCCACCGACAAGGAAUGCAGAUGUUCGGGAAGAGAUUAUCUCAUUCAGACAAAAGGAGAAUGAGGCGGUAAACGUUGCUUGGGAACGUUUCAAAGAUCUAAUAAGGAAUUGUCCAAAUAUUGGAAUCCCAGCGUGCGUACAAAUUGAACAUUUCUUUAGAKGUUGCGAUAUACCGACUAWGAUGAUGCUUAAUGGGGCCGCAAAUGGGAAAUUUACAUCAAAAUCUUUCAACGAGAUAGUGGAGAUUCUGGACCAGCUAUCUGAACACAAUGAUCAAUGGUGCUCGGAGAAGCCAAGGACCCAAUCAAAACGAGCAGAUCCAGCAAUCGUGCUAGCCUUAGAUAAUAUGACGUCUAUGCAAAAACAAAUUGACACCAUCACUCAAAUGUUGAAGAACAUGGAAAAGAACAAUGCAGCUGCCGCAUUAGCCCCAGCAACAACUAAUCCUUCUCCUGUUUACCAAAUAGCUGAAUCUACUUGUCAAAUGAAUCAACAAAAAUUCAAUCCUUAUUCGAACAUAUACAAUCCGGGAUGGAAGCAGCAUCCUAAUUUCUCAUGGAGUGGACAAGGAAGUUCCAGUGGUACAGGACAGAAUCAACAGUACAAGCAAGCUUAUACCCCACCUCGAUUUCCAAAUUCACCAGCUUUUCCACCAACUCCACAGCAAUACAACCAACAGAAAAAUUAUGGGCAGCCGGCACAACAAAACUUGAGUAACAUGGAGAUUUUAAUGAAGGAAUUCAUAACCAAGAACGAUGCCACAAUGAAGGAAUUAAUGACUAGGACUGAUGCUACCAUAAAGGACAUGAAGGAAGUGAAGGAUUACAUGGGCAGAAAUGACGUUACGGUAAGAAAUUUAGAGAUGCAAUUGGGACAACUUGCGAAUGAGGUAAGGACAAGACCCCAAGGUUCAUUACCGAGUAGUACAGAAGAGCCAAGAAGAAUAGUUUCCCCUAGCCCUUCAAGAGAGAAAGACACACAGGUUGUCCCUGACAAAAUAGUAGAACCAGAGGUAAGUGUAUCGGUUGCCCCACAGGUAAGUAACUGUAGAUCUCCUCCUCCCUUCCCCCAACGUUUAGUAAGGAAAAAUCAGGACAAUAAUUUUCGUAAGUUCCUAGACAUCUUGAAACAAUUGCACAUUAACAUACCCUUUGUUGAAGCUCUUGAGCAAAUGCCUACUUAUGCAAAGUUCUUAAAAGACAUAAUAACUAGGAAGAAAAAGUUAGGAGAGUAUGAGACGGUAGCUUUGACAGAAUGUAGUAGUAAUGUUUUUAAGAGCAAAAURCCCCCUAAGCUUAAAGAUCCUGGCAGCUUUACAAUCYCUUGUUUAAUAGGAGGUAAARAUGUAGGGAGAGCACUAUGUGAUUUAGGGGCUAKCAUAAAYCUCAUGCCUUUGUCCAUUUUUAAGAARUUAGAAAUAGGGAAAGCUARUCCUACCACCGUCACACUCYAGUUAGCAGAUAGAUCRAUCACCAAACCAGAAGGAAAAAUAGAAGAUGUCCUAGUAAAGGUUGAUAAAUUUAUUUUUCCUGCUGACUUUAUUAUUUUAGACUGUGAAGCUGACAAGGAUGUGCCUAUCAUUCUCGGACGCCCAUUCCUAGCUACAGGAGAAACUCUAAUUGACGUUAAAAAGGGAGAACUCACGAUGCGCGUUGAUGAUCAGAAGGUGACAUUCAAUAUGCUGGAUGCAAUGAAAUAUCCGGACGAUAGGGAAGAGUGUGUAGUAAUUAGCAUUGAUAAGGGAAUUACUUGUUAUGAGUUAGAUGAUUUGUUAAAUGCAGAAAUAGAAGCAGAGUUAGAAGAAGCAGAAAAAGAAGGCAUCAUAGCGAUAACUGCUUUGAAGAAAGAAAAGAGAAAGUCAAUUCAGCCUUUAAAAAUAGAACCACCGUGA